AUGGCUCCGCGUGGAAACCAAAUGUUGGGCAAUGCCCACUUCCGCAAGCACUGGCACAAGCGCAUAAAGACCUGGUUCGACCAGCCAGCUCGCAAACUCCGCCGCAGACAGAACCGUCAGGCUAAGGCUGUCGAGAUUGCUCCUCGCCCAGUUGCUGGACUUCUGAGGUGGGCUAACUUUAAUAAGCUGAAAAGUUAAAAUAUUUGUUUUCCAGAUCUGUCGUUCGUUGCCCGAACAAGAGGUACAACACCAAGACUCGUCUCGGACGUGGUUUCUCCCUCCAGGAGCUGAGAGCUGCCGGUAUUUCCCAGGUUGAAGCCCGCACCAUCGGAAUCGCCGUUGAUGUCAGAAGAACCAACAAGACUGCUGAGGGACUCAAGGUAAAUUUUGAAAAAAAAAUUUCAAUAGAAAAUCGCAAAAUGAUCGUUUGUUCUAAAAAGUGUAUUUCGUUUAGACCAACGCUGACCGUCUGAAGGAGUACAAAGCCAAGCUCAUCCUCUUCCCGAAGAAGGCCAGCGCCCCGAAGAAGGGAGACAGCUCUGUAAGUUUUAAAACAAUUUUCUCGAGAAAAUGAAUGAGCCAAUUUUUCAGGUUGAGGAGCUCAAGGUCGCCGCUCAACUCCGCGGAGACAUCCUUCCACUUACCCACACCAUUACCUUCGAAGAGCCACGUCAAGUCACCGAAGCUGAACGCAAGGUUGAGAUCUUCAGACUUCUCCGCAAGGAGCGUGCUGACAAGAAGUACCGUGGACGACGUGAGAAGAAAGCCAAAGAGGCCGCUGAGGAGAAUAAGUAA